GUUGCAGGGCUCCGCGCGUCAAAGGUUUGGCGCUGCUUCGGGUGGCUGUAACGAUUCGCGCUUUAAGUUUGGUGGUUGUUUUUUUAAUCUAAAAAAGUAUCAAGUUUCAAACGUACUAUUAGUUAACGCGCCAGUGUAAAGAUGGUAAUUGCCAGUGCAGCAUUUGAUUAAGUUCAUACGCGUGAGUGUGUUGUUUUAAUAUUGUGGUUUGUGUACAGUGGUUCGCGCGGUACAUUGUAUUGGGGUCAAAGUAUCAGUGACUGCUGUUAUUUUGCUUAAGUGCAGUUGAUGCAUUGUGGAGUGAACUGGACGAGCAGCGUUGACUGCCAUAAGCAUGGAAGACAACGAGGGGGAUCUGGAUGUCCUGACUUCGCUGCUGGAAGAGGGGUCUCCGCUUUCCAAUGACGAGGACGGAGGUGACACCCGGGUCAACGGAGACGAUCUCCACGAUGAUGGAGAUGCCGCUCAGCACAGCGGAGGGCCCCACCCAUCAUGCAGUAACAAAAAUGGCACCGAGGCUGAACUGAGCGCCCUGUUUGACGCCGAAGACGAUGCGGAGGACAGCGAUGCUUUGGUCAUUGACAUUGGUGAACCCGAGGGGUGUGGAGACGAAAUCCGUAAAGCUGAUGGUGAUGUUCCUGCUCCACGCCGGUCUGCGGUUUCAACUCCGCGCUGUGAUGACGGCAAAGAGAACGUGCGGCUGGAGGAGAAGAGCAAGGAAGAGUUGGCAGAGGAGCUGCGUUUGAUGCAGGAGAAAGUUCUGAGACUUCAGCAGCAACUGCAGGAGACAUCCCCACAAGCGGCAUCAAGUGGAGUUUCAUCCCAGCGGAAAGUUGGUGUCAAAAAAACAGAAGCUGCCACGACUGCUUAUGUCAAAACUAAGUCCCGGCUCGCACAUCAACCUAAGAGCGGAGAGAGCUCUACUGCCUUCAAGGACCGUACAAAGAUACCAACUGCAAGUCAAGCAGGCGCUUGUUCGCAGAGCCCGAUGUCAGUGACCGCCAGCACCAGCGCUGCAGGUGGUGCGACUGCAGGGAAACGGAAGGCCCCGACCACCCUGAGUACGCCUACCACUGCCAGCAGCAGCAGUGGGAUGCAGGAAAAUACGGAGGUGGAGAAAUACUCCGGGUUCCGGAUUAGGAGGCCUCUUAUCUCGUCUGUGGACAUGGAGAGGAGGAUGGCCGGCCGGCGUAUGAUUCGCCUCUCUCAGCUGCCAGACAAAAUCACGCGCGAUAGCUUGGAUAACAUUGACUGGGUGACCAUCGGCGUGAUCGUACACAAGCACACUCCGCAGAGCGUUAGCAGCGGCAAGACAUUCAGCGUGUGGCGUCUGAUGGACCUGAAGAACAUGGAGGUGUCUGUGUCACUGCUGCUUUUUGGAGAAGUCCACAAGCAGCACUGGAAAACGGACCAGGGUUUUGUUGUGGGCCUCCUGAACCCCACCCUCAUGAAGCCCAAGGAAGGAUACAAUGAGCUGUCCAUCUCUGUGGACCAUCCCCAGAAGGUGAUGCUCAUGGGGGAGGCGAAGGACUUGGGCACAUGUCGCGCAGCCAAACGCAACGGGGACCCCUGCACUCAGCUCAUUAACCUGAUGGAGGGCGAGUUCUGCCAGUUCCACGUGCAGUCGCAGUACCGCAAAAUGAGCUCGCGUCGCUCCGAGCUGCAGGCAGGCUUCACGGGCCGGGAGCCCACGAUGCUGCGGGGCCGAGGGCGCGGGGCCCUGGGGCUGAAGGAGAGGAUCUGCCAGCAGGGGUUCCACUACGGAGGGGUCUCGUCCCCCGCUUACGCGGCCAGCGUUGCAUCUUCCACACCUUCCAAAGGCAGCAAAAGCACACAGAUGUCACUGUCUGGGUUCGUGGUGCGAGGCGCAGAUGCUGUGCUGCUGCAGGCAAAGCAGAACUUGGGUAUGGGUCCUUCCAGUGGCAGCGUGACUGGUUGUUCAGAAGAUUUUCAGGGCCUAUUGAAGGCUCCCACACCUGGGGCACUCAAUCUUAAGAAGCAUCUGGUACAGAUCUCCACCACAGGUGCUGACGGGAAGCCAAGAGCCAACGUGCAGUCAAUAUCUGCAGCCGAGCUGAUUAGGCAGCAGAAGAGGGGACUGCAGGAUGCCCGUCGCAAGCGCAGCGAAGACCGAGAAGCCAAGCUUCUUCAGAUCGCAGACGCCCCUUCUGCUUCGUGCCACGAAGCAAACCCAUCGACUCCGACGGGCACGACGGAGAGGCCAGUGAGACCCGAGCCAGGUGGCAGCAUGUCUUCUUCACCGAUCCCCUCGCCAUCCACCUCGGCCUCGGUCAGGACUCCGCGCAUCGGCAGCGGACUCCGAGAUGGGGACGAGGUUUUCUUGUUUGACUCACCUCCACAACCGAACAAGCAAGCGUCAAACGCCGAUAGAAAAAAGCUGGCUGCUGUGCAUAAGCUGCGUGCCAAUGGCAAGCAACUGGAAAAGCAGAACCCCAACGCUGUGAAGCGGAAGGUGGCCGGGGAGACGGUGCGAGCCGUCCUGCAGCGCACGGAGGAGGACACCGCCUCCUCCCCAGAAGAGCAAGGCGGUCAGGAACCGGCUUCCAAGCGAGCACGGCGGAACUCGGAGCUCUUUAACUCACCCGAGUUCCAGCAGUUGCUGGCGGCGCGGUCCAAGCACUCGGAUAAAGUGCGGCAGGCAGAGGAUGACCUACAAGAGCAGUACUUCAACGUUCGCGAGAAGAAGGAGCAGAUGGAAGAGAAGAUGAAGAACUUGAAGGAACAAAAGUGCCGUGUUGUGAGCUGCAAGCAGUGCAAGUACACGCACUACAAGGCGCUGGAUACGUGCGUGCAGCAGAUGCACGCGCUGUCAUGGCACGACGGCGUCAAGCGAUUCUUCCGCUGUGGCCAGUGCAGCCACCGCACCGUUUCGCUCGACAGGCUGCCACAGAAACACUGCAAAAACUGUGGGCAGUUCAAGUGGGAAAGGGACUCAAUGUUGAAGGAGAGGAAGGGGCCAAAGAUCGGAGCCGAGACUUUGUUGCCACGUGGCGAAGAGCAGGCAAAGUUUCUCAACAGCCUGGCCUGAGUGUUUGCAAGGAAACUUUCCAAGAUGGGAUAAUACAAUUUGACAUCUAUGAUGUUUUCCCUGCAAGUGUUCAAUACCGUUGUACUUUUAGUUUGGUGUGGCUAUCGAGUGUGGAGACAGUGCUUCUGUAAUGAGCACCAAGGGUUGAAGGGGGAUCAGGUGCUGGGCUACAAAGAUGGUAACGAUUGAACAGGGGCGGCCCCCAUUUAAUUCCUUUUAUCAGGGUCACUGUCAACCACUGGUUGGAUGCAUUUCCAUACUACACUGUUUUGACAUCUGCCAUCGGGAGUGAAAAGCAGCUGAGUGCGGGUGCUGGUCCCACCGUCCCAUCUGGUGUGUUGUGCUUGCCCAAGUAGGUGCACAAUCAUGACACUUUUCAUAGGAAUUCCACCGUGCUAUGAAGCUAACAAUGUGUAUCUGUUACUCUUUUUUAUGAUGUAAGCCAUCAUUUUACCAAAAGUGUAGCAUGUGAAGCUUAUGCAAAGGCCUUUUUGCGUAAUCUCAAACCGUUUGCCUUCCGCUGUAUGAAAGGCCCAGUAAAAAAAGUUAUAAAGUACUUGGCGGGAGCACUGGAAAUGUAAAUAAUAGCUUUACUAUUCUUUAAAGUAACAUGUUUGUGUUUAUGUAGUGUCUUAAGUACUGUAAUUUAAAACAAUUAGGAUUUUUAAUGUAGGAAAACCCUUAACAUUUAUUUGGAUUUUAAAAUGUGAAAAAUUAUAAAACUCCCCAAAUAACUUUCCCAUUGACUUUUAUAUUAGUAUUUUUGUAUGUAUACAUUCUAGAAAUGUUUGCAUGGCUACUGAUUAAUUAAAUCAUUGCUCUCUUAAACCAUGUAUUGGUCACCAUCUUAUUAUACAUCAUGCUGGUUGUACUUCUAAUUGAUUAAUAAUUGCAAUGUGUUUUAUUGGUACAUUCUAGUGUGUGCUUUAAUGCAAUUUCUGUGGAUCAAGCCGCUUUAUAUUUUGGUUGGCAUGUAGCAAAUAUUGGAGCUUGGGUUUUUUUUAUCGUUGAAGUCAGCAUUUAAUUGCUAAAGCAUUGAAAGUUACUUUUAAGAUGUCUUUGACCCUGAUUUCCAGGUUUUAGGCAUGCGGUGUAAGUCAACAUUUUUAUUGAGUGCAGGUCACUGUUGGUGUUUGUACUUUAAUGAAUAAAUGUUCUAAAGUUAACCAAUAAGUAUUUCAUAGUUUUUUUUAUCAUACUUUAGCUGUUAAAUGCAGGUAUUUCUUGCAGGGCUAACAUUUCCAGAAAUACAUUUUCGUAAGUUAACGUAAUUAUAUUGUCUCUUAUCUAACUACAGACCAUUGGCUAUAUGAACUAGUC